AUGACGGUGAUCGGCGACAUGGACACGGCGGUGGCCAUCGCCAAGAAGCUGAAGAAGCUCAGCAAGGUUGACAUCGUCUCGGUGGGUCCGCCAAGGAGGAGAAGAAGCCCGAGAAGAAACCCGAGGCGAGGAAACCGGAGGCGGCGGCGGGUAAGAAGGACGACAAGAACCCCUUGUCCUUUAUUCAAUUCACAUGUACAAGUCUCGGUUGUCUUUAGAUCGGGGAAAGGGAGCCACAGGGAUCUGUUUGUCCGUCGAACUGCUCGGAGCCGCCACCGCCGGGAUGCUCGUCUAUCGAGCUGCUCUUCCACCGCCGCCGAGCACACACCGGAGCCAUGGACGUCGGUGAGGAAGCGUCGCCACCGAGCUGCUCGUCCACUGGGGACUGCUUUCUCGCUCAGAUCCGGCCACCGCCGGGCGAGAACGCGAGCAGGACGGGCGAGCGGGGGCAGCGAGAUGGGAGGAGAGGAGGCGGCCGCUGAUAAGACAGGCACGGGUACCGGUUGCGUCGCCACCGACGAGGAAGGGCGGGCGCACCCGCAACCUGAGCCCUGCAGUCAUGCUCUGCUGCGCCUAGAGAGGAGACGAGAGGGAGCCGCGGGUCAAGGGGCUCCAGCCACGGCCAGGAAGGGAGGAGGGGAGCCGCGUGUGCCUCCGGUUCCCGCCGUCGAGGCCUUCCCGGCCAUCGGCACGGCCUUCCUGGGCGCCGCCCCCUACAACCCUAGCCGGCGGCUCGGAACACAGCCGGACGCGCGGCAGGGGAAGGUAGGCGUGGGCGGAGCUCUGGUGGCCGAGGAUCGACAGACCGGUCCAGGGGUGAGGGGGGCGGUCGGCAACUGCCCUGGAAACCGCGGCUCUGGCGGUCGCGAAGGUGGGAAGAGCGGGUCGCGGUGCGAGUUGGGGACGGUGGGGCGCCGCGCCUCUGUUUUUCUUUCUUUUGUCGAUGGGGAUCGGAUGGACGAACCGGUAUUCCCAAACUUCACUGCGUCGAAAGCUGCUUUCUCCCAAAGCUGUUGGGCUGUUGUGGGCCCUUUGGUUGGCAUUUGA